CUCGUGGCUGCUCCUCCUUUCUCACUGCUCUUACUGAUAGAGUGUGGUUCUGUUGUUAUGAAUGAAAUGUCAAGUGUGUGAUGUUUUUAGAGGGUUGACAUGAUGGAAGACAUUUAUGUGGCAAACACCAUCUUUGCCAUCAAUUUCUUCAAGCAGCUGGCAAGCACAAGCCCCACCCAGAACCUCUUCUUCUCCCCAUGGGGCAUCUCAUCCACCAUGGUCAUGGUCUACAUGGGAGCCAGAGGCAACACCGCAGAGCAGAUGGCCAGGGUGCUUCAGUUCAACAACAUCGGAGUCCGGGCAGUCACCGCAGUGAGUCCAGAGAACGUCACCGGUUGCCAAUUCACACAGCAAAUCCAGAGAGCCACUUAUCCUGACGCUAUUUUGAAGGAAAAAAUGCCAUUGCUUGAGAAAUACCUUCCCGUGUUACAUAAAGAGGACCCCUCCCUUCUGUUCAAGGCGCAGGCUGAAGACACAAUCCACUCGGGCUUCAGCACACUCAUCUCUGCCGUCAACACAUCCACAGAGGGUUACGUAUUGGAAAGUGUCAAUAAGCUGUUCGGAGAGAAGUCUGCGAGAUUCAGGAAAGAGUACAUGCAGCUCUCGAAGAAAUAUUACUCUGCGGAACCCCAGGAGGUUGACUUCCUAGAAUGUGCUGAAGGAGCCAGAAAAAAGAUUAAUUUCUGGGUCGAGACACAAACCAAAGGUAAAAUUUCAAACUUGUUACCCGAAGGUUCCGUAGACUCAGAGACCAGGAUGGUCCUGGUGAAUGCCGUCUACUUCAAAGGAAAAUGGAAAACUGCCUUUGAGAAGAAAUUAAAUGGGCUUUAUCCUUUCCACGUGAACUCGACUAAACAGAAGCCCGUACAGAUGAUGUACUUGCGUGAGAUGCUGAACAUUGGAUACAUAGAAGACCUAAAGACUCAGAUUCUAGAACUCCCUUACGCUGGGGAUGUCAGCAUGUUCCUGCUGCUUCCGGAUGAAAUUGCAAAUGUGUCCACUGGCCUGGAGCUGCUGGAACGUGAAAUAACGCACGACAAACUCAGCACGUGGAUUGGCACGGACAGGAUGGCCGAGGAUGACGUUGAGGUGUACCUCCCGAAGUUCAAACUGGAAGAGCAGUACGAACUCAAACGCAUCCUCAGGAGCAUGGGCAUGAACGACGCCUUUGUCAAGGGCCAGGCCAAUUUCUUAGGAAUGUCAGAAGAGGACGACCUGUUUCUGUCCGAAGUGUUUCAUCGAGCCACUGUGGAUGUCAACGAGGAGGGCACCGAAGCCACUGCUGGCACCGGGGCCAUCAUGUCCGGGAGAACCGGCCACGGGGGCCCGCAGUUUGUGGCAGACCACCCUUUCCUCUUCUUUAUCAUGCACAAGCCCACCAGGACCAUCCUCUUCCUCGGCAGGUUCGCCUCCCCGUAAAGUCGGAAGGUUCCGUUUCUGCCCAGGAUUUUGUAGUAGGAGCUAUCAGCCUCAGAAUUGCUCUCAGCAGCAACAGUUUAGGGACUUUUUCUAUGUAUUCUGUCUUCCUGAACAACGUAUACUAUGCACUAAAUAUCAACACAGAAAUAGCCAGACGACUGUCAAUCCUAACAUUACAACCCUAUUCAUGAUCUGGUCUCCUAAAAUGGAACUUGUAUUAUUUAGUGCUCCCUCUUAAGUUUAUUUUAUAGCACUAAGUACUAUUGUAUUAUUUAUUAUUUUGUAUAAUUUUGUAUUAUUGCUAGCAGUCUAUUUAAUGUAGCUGACAGGUGACUGAGAGAGACAGGGGAUUGGUUAUGUUUCUUUCUAAGGAGGUGCAUUUAUUUGUUUUCAUGAGGAAGGAUGAAUAGGUGUUUUUCUAUCCCCUUCUCAGAUAAACACCCAGAAGAAAACAGUGAACAGUAAGCAAAUACGUAUUAUUGUAACUUUAUAACAUUAUGCAUCACACAGAUGUAUCUGUAACUGAUGUGAAACUGCAAAUAUAUAAUAAAUAAACAUGUGUCCAUACAA